GCGCUAUGUUGAAGUUAAUCUUGGAUAUUUUCCAAAUGAACAGUGAAUAUUUUCCAACAUAACAGCAGGCAAAAGAAAGAUGUUUAUGGAUAUGUUUAACAUCGGAUAUACGAAGAAAUAAAAAGAAAAGCGCUUUAAAGAUAUCAGUGGAGGAACUGAAUCUCACAUACACGAACGUGCACACUAAUGAAUGAAUGAAUUUUUCAACUACUGUGUUUUGUUUGAUUUGCAUCGCUGGUCACACAUAGUUUUUACCACGUGAAUUUACCAGCACGAACUGGUUGUAUCUAGCGGAAAGUACUCAGCUUGUACAUAUUAUUUUACACCAUUAUUACAGAAUAGGUUGUUUUUAAGAUAAGUCUAUUACACCCAUCACUUUUUGAAAACAAAUAUGCCUGGAAAUAUUAAAGGACUGAAGGAACGUUUGAAAAAUGGUGAGACAAUACUUAUUGCUGAGGGUUACUUGUUCGUGUUUGAACGACGUGGUUACCUCCAAGCGGGCGCUUUCGUUCCAGAAGUGAUCAUUGAACAUCCCGAGCUAGUGAAGGAGCAGCACAGAGAGUUUGUACAUGCUGGUAGUGACGUCGUGUUGGCCUUUACGUACUAUGCUCACCGAAAAAAAAUGCAAGUGAUUGAAAAAGAGGCGGAGUUAGAAAGAAUAAACCGAGAAGCAUUGCGAAUUGCAAAAGAAGUUGCGGAUGAAUCGGGGAAACUUCUGGCAGGAAAUAUCUGCAACACUGGAGUUUAUGAGCCUGAGAAUCAAGAGUCGUAUGCAAAAACAAAAGCGAUUUUUAAGGAGCAGAUUGAGUGGGCUCUUGAUUAUGAUGUGGAUUUCAUUCUUGCCGAGACAUUCCCAACACUUGGAGAAGCUAAACUGGCACUGGAAGCAAUUCAGGAAUAUGGGAAAGGCGUUCCAUCUGUUGUUACAUUCAUCACUGCUGGAAAGAAUACUAUCGAUGGAGAAGUUGCCACUCUCGAUGGCUUCACGCUGCCGGAUGCUUGUAAACAAUUGGAAGAUGCUGGAGCUGAUGUCGUUGGCAUGAACUGCUGCAGAGGACCUAACACAAUGCUACCCAUCAUGGAGAAAGUGCGAGCCGUCUGUAAGGGGCACCUGGCUGCCGUACCUGUUCCAUAUAGAACGACACCAAGUGAGCCAACAUUUUUUAACUUUGUUGAUCCAAAAGAUGGCAAGAUGUGUUUCCCAACCAACAUGGAUAUUAAAUUCUGCAAUCGAAGCGAUAUGGUUGAUUUUGGAAAGCGGUGUCAGGAAAUUGGAAUCAACUUUGUUGGAAUUUGUUGUGGAAAUUCAGCUCACCUGACGCGUGCUCUGGCCGAGUCGUAUGGACGCACGCCCCCAGCAUCACGAUACUCAGCCAAGAUGGAGAACCAUUUCAUUUAUGGAACCAAUCCUUGCUUAGUUAAAUAUUAUAAUGAGCAGACACAGAAGCUGUUUUAGGGUUAAUUUGGUAUCAUUCAAUUAAUGCAUGGUUAAAAAAGUUGGGAACUAUAUAUAUAUAUAUGAUGAAGAUACGAUCUGUUGUGUUGUUUUUGAAAAUUAUUAGCUGUCUGCUGUUCAAUCGUUCUUUUGGCAAUAUAUAUAUAUAUAUAUAUAUAUAUAUAUAGAUAUAUAUAUAUAUAUUAGUGGUUAUAGGAAUUUUAUAUUUGGACCUGUCGAUUUAAUAGUGAUGCUAGUACAGUAUUGACAUUUAACUAUACAAUGACAAACAAGCCUAUUCAGUGCCGAUCACUUGAGCGUUGUAAGAGAAUUGGCAAUAAAUUCAAAAUCAUUGCACCACUCAA